AAUAUUACAUUCUAUAUCGUCUGCUAAAUUGUUUUCUGCUAGAAAAUUGAGAAGGGUUCAUCACAUUUUUCCUAGAUAUUUUCGUCAGUUCAAUUUGUCAUUUAGUAAUAGAACAAAGAGAAUUAGUGUCAAGAUGACUUUAAUGCAAGGAUUGGAUCUUAAAUCAAUAAAGAAACAUCCAUCGCUGAUACCACUUUAUGCGGUCUUACUUGCUGGAUGUGCAACUUCAGUCCUUUAUUUAGCAAGAUUGGGUCUCAAAAAUCCUGAUGUCUCAUGGAAUCUUAAAUCAAAACCAGAACCUUGGAAUGAUUAUAAAGAUCGCCGUUAUAAGCUUUUAAAUCCAAUUGGAGAUAAAGAGACACCCCCAAGAAUGAAAUCAAUAUUUGAUUUUUAAAUUGUAUGAAAAACUAGACACAAUUGAAUUUAGUCAGGUACAAAGAGUGUAAUUUAUUUUAUUUUAUAAUGCACAAUCACAGAAUUCUCUUUUUUGAAAAAAAUAAAUCUGAAAUCAAAUUUAAAUUGAAUUCGGAUUUUUUUUUUUUUGAAAAAUAAAAGAUGAAUCUCAAUUUACAGUGUGCUAUUAAAAUUAUUAAAUAUAGGUUUAAAGAAAAAAAAACAAUAGUUACCUGAGUCUUAAGUGAUUCUCGAUCAGUAUUGGCCAUGCUAGUUAAAGUGUACAUUAUAAUAAAAUAAAUUUUGAGAAUCCUAAA